UCUAAUUCUGUAGUUGUUAUAAUCUAAUGUAUAUUUUACUUCACAGGAGACUCUGGUUUCCCUGGAAUUCCAGGUGCUCCGGGCUCCAUGGGACAUGCAGGCCCUGAGGGUCAGAAAGGACAGAAAGGAGGUCAAGGUGAUCAUGGGCUGGAUGGGGCACCUGGCGUCAGGGGUCGCGAGGGCCAGUCGGGCCCCAGAGGUGAUACAGGACCUGCAGGCUUUGGAGCGAAAGGUGAAAGAGGUUCUCCCGGGGAACCUGGGUCUGUCGGUCCUAAAGGCUCAAGUGGAAUUCCUGGUCUUCUUGGAGCACCAGGUCAACCAGGUUCUCAGGGUUUCCGUGGCGAGACAGGACCACAUGGGCCUAAAGGAGAUAGAGGGCUUGCUGGAUUCCAGGGACUUAAAGGUGACACUGGUGAUACAGGCGCCAGAGGUGUGAAAGGUGAUGGUGGUAUACCGGGUCUGCAGGGGCUGGCUGGUGAGAAAGGAUCAACGGGUGGCCAAGGGCCUACAGGUAUUCCUGGACUCAGGGGUCCUGCUGGGCCUCCUGGAGAUACUGCACAUUCAGGACAACCUGGGCUUCAAGGACCACCAGGGAUACCAGGGAACCCAGGGAGUCCCGGCGCUAAAGGGGAAACAGGGGACGCUGGAAGAAUCAUCAACGCAGCUGGAUCCACUUCUUUCGGCCUCCCAGGUCCCCCCGGCCCUGCUGGACGUCCAGGAUCAUCAGGUCCAAUUGGCCCUGCUGGUCUGCCUGGCCAACCUGGUGCUAAAGGUGACAGAGGAUUUAGGGGCGAGCAGGGAGAACAAGGAAUAACAGCCAGAACAUCUGAAACCUUGAGCUCAAGGCAUGUUAGCAGCAGUGGAGGAUCAGCAACAUCUGGCCCCCCCGGCCCACCCGGUCCACCUGGACGUGCAGGAGAUUCAAGACCAGGACCUCCCGGGCCUCCAGGUCCAACAGGUUAUGGAAGACCAGGGCCUAAAGGAGACAGAGGGGAACCCGGCUUUUCAUCCGGCUCAGGAACGUUUAAUACUGGACUGCCAGGACCACCUGGGGCUGUCGGGCCAAGAGGAUCAUCAGGUUCUCCUGGACCAAGAGGAUACCAAGGUGAAGCAGGGCAGACAGGUGUGCCGGGAACCCCAGGGAGAUCAGGGAGCUCUGAGAGAGUAUCCUCUUAUGGUGGAGGACUCGGGACCCCUGGACCUCCAGGUCCGCCAGGACUUCCUGGAAUACAGGGAAUCAAAGGGAACACUGGAGCUCCUGGUAGUCCUGGCUCUUCGAGAGGCUCCAUCUCAGUCACCUCAGGCCCCCCCGGCCCUGCAGGUCCUCCCGGCCCUACAGGUCAGACAGGCUCCUUCUCUUCUUCUACUGAGAUGCGGCAGUACAUCUCUGAAUAUCUGAGUAGAAGCACACAGUCGGCUGUCCGCGGGCUCCCGGGCCCCCCUGGGCCUCCAGGAACCCCUGGAUCCUUCUCAGGCUCGAUCGAGGACAUCUCCACUCGUAUGAUCGCAUACAUGCAACGUUCGGGCUCAGGGCUCAGCAUCGGGGUUCAGGGUCCUCCGGGACCACCCGGCCCCCCUGGAUACGGCUCUGGUUCCCUGACAGUCAGUGGGCUCAUCUCCAUGCUUCAGAGAGAGGAUGUGAGGAGAUACCUGUCCGGACCACCAGGCCCACAAGGCCCCCCGGGUCAACCAGGGACAUCAGGAGGAGCAGGAGGAUUUUCAGGCAGUUUCUCUGUGGAGGAGAUAGCCACAUACGUCUUCAAGAUCAUGAAUGACAGAGGGAUUGCGAGAGGUCCGCCCGGGCCGCCCGGUCCUGCUGGGUCGUCUGUUGCUGUGGGCUCGAGCUUCUCUCAGGCUACGAUUGACUAUUCUGCUCUAGUGAAAAAUUCAGACUUCCGCUCUUGGGUUGCCUCUGCCGUACAACAAGGUAUUUCUGGUCCCCCGGGCACCCCAGGACAGCCUGGCCCUCCUGGCGCUCAGGGGCCGCCGGGGGUCUCCACCGCCACCGUGUACGGGGCCGGGACUGGGGGGAGUGGCUACAGCCUGGAGGACAUUCAGCGUUACCUGCAGGGUUCUGGUUUCAGAGGUCUCCCCGGGCCUCCUGGUCCACAGGGACCAGCGGGACCAUCAAGCGGUCACUCCGGAUCGGUUUCCUACAGUGGAAACUUCCCUCGGGAGAGCAUCCGCGCUGAAGUCCAGGAGUAUCUGACCAGUGACAAUGUUCGUCGUGCCAUCAUCGGACCUCCGGGGCCUCAGGGGCCGAUGGGACCGAGGGGAGAGCGAGGAGAGUCAGGCUACGUCCUGAGCCGCACGCAGAGCCAUAUCCAGAGCCAGAGCCAGGGCCAGGGCCAGGGCCAGGGCCAGGGCCAGGGCCAGGGCCAGGGCCAGGGCCAGGGCCAGGGCCAGAGCUAUAGUCAGGGCCAGGGCCAGGGCUAUAGUCAGGGCCAGGGCCAGGGCUAUAGUCAGGGCCAGGGCGAGAGUCAGGGCCAGGGUCAGGGCCAGGGCUAUAGCCAGAGCCUGAACUACGCUCAGGGUGACUCUCGAACCGGCACUGAGUACAGAAACAUCGAUCUCAGCAACCUGGACUACUCCAGCGUCGCCAUCCACGUUUCAGACCUCAUCAAGAGUAAAGGUCUGCUGCAGGAGUAUCUGGUUGAGGGUCCUUGGAGGGCGCAUGUUCGAGCGAUUCAAGGCCCUCCUGGUCCUGCUGGCCCCUCCGGACCACCGGGCCAGAGCCGCGUCAUCGGGGCCUACGGCAACGUCACAGCGGACCUCAUGCAGUUCUUCAGAACCUAUGGCACCAUCGCAGGCCCUCCAGGAGAGAAUGGACUGAGGGGUGAGAGGGGGCAUCCAGGACCCAGGGGAGAGAGAGGUGAUCCUGGGCGCCCAGGUCUAUCAGGACUACCAGGGGCAUACACUGUCCAAGUUCCACACAGGGUGCAGAAGAGGGAUGCAGGCGAGGAAUUGGUUGCUCGUCGUCGUCAGAAGCUUCGCCGUCACGCAGGCAGCAGUUAAACACAUUACUGGAUCACAUUUCAUUUUGACUCAUCUUUUAUUUUAGGUGUUCAACUGUUGCAAUGCAAGUAGUCAAAUAGCUCUUUAUUAUUGCCAUCUGUAGAAACGUCACAGGACAAUUUGAGGAAAUAAAAUGAUGCAUUAAGUUUUUUUAAAACCAGCUUUAGUAGAGGUUUGGGUUUUAGCUGCUGGUCAGUGUCUUUGUUACACAGACUUCUUUACAUCCGGGUGUAUAAUGUUUACUUUGCUUGGUUAGAAGCUUGCUAACUUUUUUUUCCCAGGGACAAUUUCUAUUUUUAAGCAAUAAGUAUCUGAUAUUAUUUCCAACUGCUCGUGUAACUUUCGUGUCUAUUGAUUGGUGUAUUUGAUUUAGUUUUCAUUGAGGAUUAUAUUGUUUUGAGAACUAUGCAAGUGUUAAAUGUUGUGUCAAGGUAACCCUUCAAUGUUUUAUAAGAUACUACAAUAUAGUCAGAUUAUUUACAUAAAUCAAGCUAGCAUCCAUCCUGACCCUUGGAAGUUAUUCACUCAUCCCAUACAAAUAAACAAGAAUAUCAUUAACCCUUUUUUUUCUAUAAAUAUAUAUAAAAACAUGCAACAUUACCAGUCAGCGAGGGUCAUUUUUGCAGCAGAUAAGGGACUUAUGUUACAGUAAAUGUUGCUGUAGUUACGACUGACGAUUUACUUGAAAGAUUUGUUAGUUCAAAAUUAAGAAGAAGAAUAAAUGACAUUGUUUGUGUGGUUGAAAGUCUGAAAAUCACAACAAAAUGAUGGAUUGGAUUGUAUAUUUUUGUAUAAGAGAGCACUGAAAUCGAUAUAUUUGCUUUAUACCGUAAAGUGUUGGAGAGAUUAAAUUAUAAAAUGUUCCCAGAUUAUGUUUGA